UUCCCGUGGAUGGAUAUCAUAGUAAGUUUUUUUAGAAAUAGAAAAUUCCUUAAAUUCCAGGGAAAAGGGGAAAGAUUUGCUCUCACACUAACCUGCUACUUUCCUCAGGUGAAAGAAUGGAAACCCAUAGUCAGGUAGUUGACAGGCUGCGGUCAUCGUUUCGUUCAGGUGUCACAAUACCAGAGCAGUUUCGUCGAACACAGCUGACCAAGCUGAUGUCCAUGCUCAAAGACAACGAGGAACAGAUUUUAAAUGCAUUGCACAAAGACCUCGCCAAGCCAAAGUUUGAGGCCAUCCUGUCUGAGGUUGACAUUGUGAUCAAUGAGUUGCACCAUGCCAUCGCUAACUUCAAAAGCUGGAUGCAGCCAGAGUAUGUCAGCAAAAACCUGGCCACAAAACUAGAUGACUGUUUUGUAAAGAGGGAGCCGUUAGGAGUUGUGUUAAUCAUCGGGGCCUGGAAUUACCCCCUGCAACUCCUUAUCCUACCUAUGGUUGCGGCUAUUGCAGCAGGAAACUGUAUAGUGGUCAAGCCUUCAGAGGUCAGUGCUGCCACAGACAGUCUGAUAGCAGAACUCAUCCCCAAGUACCUGUCUCAGGACUGUUAUGCAGUUGUUAGUGGUGGAGCGGAGGAGACCAAGGCUCUUCUGCAGAAUCGCUUUGACCACAUCUUCUACACAGGUUCUCAGACCGUGGCUCGCAGCAUCCUGCAGGCGGCUUCGGUCCACUUGACCCCAGUGACCUUGGAGCUGGGCGGGAAGUGUCCGUGCUUCAUAUAUGGUCGGGUGAACAUCGCAGCUGCUGCUCGCCGCUUGGCGUGGGCUAAGUUCUUCAACGCGGGCCAGAGCUGCGUGGCUCCGGACUACGUUCUGUGCUCGCUGGCCACGCGGGACGCCCUGCUGCCGGCACUGCGGGAAGCCCUGGAGGGUUUCUACAGCAAGGAGCCCAAGACGUGUCCCGACCUGUCCCGCAUCGUGUCACCCCGGCACUGGAUGCGUCUGAUGGAACUGCUCAAGAAGUCCAGUGGUAAAGUUGUUCUGGGAGGAGAGAGCGACCAGGAGGAGAAAUACAUAGCUCCCACAGUGCUGGUGGACGUGUCUGAAGACGACGCCCUGAUGGAGGAGGAGAUUUUCGGCCCCAUCCUGCCCAUCCUAACAGUGGAGUCUCUGGAGGAAGGCAUCGACUUCAUCAACCGUAAAGAGAAAGCUUUGGCUGUCUAUGUUUUCUCUGAUGAAUCCUCUGUGGUCAACACGGUGCUGGAGAAGACCAGCAGCGGAGGAUUCUGCUCCAAUGAUGGGAUCGUCCACAUGACCCUGCCAAGCCUGCCUUUUGGAGGUGUAGGUAGGGGCCAGUGGUUGGGGCAGUUACCACGGCCGCUGGGGCUUCGAGACGUUCAGCCACCAGCGGGCCUGCAUGCUGCGCGGCUGGGCUCUGGAGAGGCUCAACGGCCUGCGUUACCCUCCGUACAGCGACGAAAAGCUGGGCUGGCUGCGCUGGACCACGUCACCCAAGAGCAGCUGCUCGCUCAUGUGAUGACAAGCUGUGUGUGUGUGUGUGUGUGUAGAUAGUGGAGCUUUUUUAUACUUUAUGCAUGAGUGAAUGUUGGAAGUUAAUAUAGAAACAGGAUUAAGCAUUCUUUUUUUAAGGGGUGUGUGUGUGUGUGUGUGUG